AUGGAUGAUUUGUUGAGCGCCUUCGAGCCCGUCUCCCUUCACGACGACGUCGAGCCGCUGAACUCCCCCGGUCGGCUCGGUCCCCCGGCGUCGCCUUCUCCUCUCGCCCUCGGCGCCCAGAGCGGCAGACAUCGUCUCCUAGGCGGGGAGGCUCCGUCGCUGCCUGAUGCGUCGCUGUCAGCUGCUCCGGGCGUCCUCACAGCCGUCGGGAGCUCGCCAUCCUUUGCGCGCCUGCAGUCGGGCGCCAGCCACGUGAGCGAUGUGCCGCUGUCAGAUCCAGAAGACGGCCGCCGCGCGCAACGUCUGCAUGCGGACUCAGAGGGCGCUGGAUUUCCGCAGGGCUUGGCGGCUGCCGCCCUCGAUCUCGCGGGCGAGGACGACGAGUCCUUCGACAUCUUCUUGGAGGCGGGCAGGGCGUCCUCCGCCCCCCGAGACUGCAGCGCCGCAGAUGAUCCUCUGCGGGUCGCCCUCGGCAGCGAGCGAGAGGAAGCGCCGCUGGAGCGCUCUGACGACCGCGAGAAUCUCCCUCUGUUUCCGGUCGGGGGCGGGCUAGCCUGCAAAGGCACCGUUGCACGUGCGGCGGAAGGCGGACGUGAGUCCUCCAUGGAAGACCUUCUCGGCGGCUCGCCUCCGCUCACUGAGAGAGCCGAGUGCGACGACCCAAUCGCGCCACUGGAGACGAGCCACGAUGAAGAAAACGGCGCAGAGGAGGCAGACUCGCCGGCGGCGAUCGGCGCCGACAGCGCAAUGGCGGAGGCUGAAAACCCGCGGAAAGCGGACCAACCCGGUAGCCCCGAGACGUCCUCCCUCCCAGCAGCUGCGCUCGGCGAUGCGGCGUCCUCUGCGCCCUCGUCUUCUCCGUCGCCUGAUUUCUCCCCCGUGCCUCCUCCGGCUGCGGCCGCGGCCUCCUCUGUCUCAGCGUCGCUCUCUGCCUCACCGUCUGCGCUGCCCUAUUCGCCGGCGCCUUGCGAGGAGAGCGAUCGCCGCGCGGCGGAGGACGCCCGCCGGCGCGCCGCGUUUCUCCACGCGCGAGUCACGGGAUUCGUUUCGAACGAAAUGUGGCUGCAGCUGCUGGGAGUUGACCUCGAAAAAACAGAAAACGAGGAACAACAAGGUGCGUCGAGUGCAGAGAAAGGCGCCGUGCGGACUGUCAAUCUGGACGCAGGAAUCGCAAGUGCAUCUGUGAACCGAAGCGUCUCUGUAGACGCGCGCUCGCCUGCGCUGACUCUCGGUCUGAACAUGCACGCGGAGUUGCCGUCGUCGCUCAGUUCCCUGGAUUGCUUUCUCCUCGACAAGGACGAGAUGCGGCUGCGCAAAAACCUCUGUUCGUCUUCUUCCUUCGCGGGUCUCCACGACGGCGAGGAAGACGAAGCGGACGCUGGAGAAAAAGUGAAGAAAGCGCGGCGCUUCGCUGAGGACUACUGCCGCGCCUUCAGCUGUCCCUACACUCCGGGCCUGCUUUUUCUCGCGCGUAUCCUCUUGCGCUACUUCUCGGCGAAGUCUGAUUCUGCAUCCGCGUCUUCGCCGGCCUCAUUCUCUUCUGCGACGCUUCUGCAAGCGCUGCAUGCGUUCCGGCGGCGCCACACGUCGCGCGUCUUCGGCUCGCACGCGCGCCUAGCGCUGAAGCGCCUCCACGCGUCUGCGUCGGCCGAGGGAGGGGCGAGCAAGCGCUCGUCGUUCGCAUCCUUGGUCGGAAAAAUGCCCGCGGGAGCUGCUCAGGAGAGAGAAAACGCCACCAGCGUGCUCUGGGUGAACCUUGACGAGGAACAGGCCGCUCCGCUGCCUGCCGCGCAUCCCGCCCCCGAGGCCGCGGCUGACCGCGGCCUCUCGGCGGCCCUUCCCACCUCUUCCUCGUCUUGUCCGUCUUCAUCGCCCCCGUCGUACUCUCCGCCUCCUCCUCCCCGCCCUUGUUCUUUUCCGGCUUCUUCUUCUUUUGCAGCUGAAGGAGCAGAGGAGGGGGUGGGAGGGAGGCGAGGGGAGGAGGCGGCGGCGUGUGCGCCGUUAGCGGCCGUCGGGGAGAAGGAGCGCGACGAAGACGAUUUCGAGGACGUAGGUCUCGACGACGACGGGACCAGUGGAACCCCGGCGGAGCUGUCGGCAGCGAUCACGCCUGCGGAGGAGGCGGCCUCGCCUUUUUCGCUGGCGUCGCCGCCCUCGCCGGCAGCCGACGCGCAGGAGGCGCAGGCGUCGCAGGAGGAAGACUGGCGCGCGGAGCGCCGCGCCGCAGACCUCGGGCGCCAGCUGCAGUCGCUCGUCAGCUUCCAUUUGCCCUUCCUCAGCGCGCAUCUCGGCAGGCUGCGCCUCGCCCCCGAACGCUACGCAGACUUGCUGCUCGCGUCGGCCUUCGCGAGCUGCUGCUACGCCGACGACGAGGGAACCUGCGGGUCCGCGGCGGGGGGUGCGGAGGCCCUGAAGCCCGACGAACUGAGCCGCGAGAGGCGCGACGAGCUGGCCGAGGACGGCGCCGAAUCUCCUCUCCAGGGCGACACCCACCGCUUCCCCCUGCUGCAGGAGGGGGAGGAAGAGGAGCCUGCGAAACGCAGCCUCUCCCGGACGCGCGUCGCCGAAAUCUGCGUACAGCAACUCUGGCGCUUUCUCGUCCUAUCCGGCGAGCCCGCGGCGACGUCUCUGAUUCUUCUGGCGCUGCUGUCUCAACACGCCGGGGAUCUCUCGUGUUGCGCCUCGGCUGCGGCGGCGGCCGCGCGUCUGUCUUCGCUCUCGCUCACCGACGCAGACGCCUUUGGGCUCCAGGAAUCGGCGUUGCAGCCGGCGCGCGCGGCGGAGACAGCAGUCUCGCGCCUUCCUGCGUCGCUCUUCCGGGACCUCAGUCUCCCUCACCUCGCGGCGGCGCCGGCGCCGCUGGGGAGCGCCGGCGCUGCGUCGCCCGCCUGCUCGUUGGUGCACGCAGGGCUUGUGGCGGCCUUCCGGCUCUGGCAUGCGGCGGCGCUCUACGGCGUGCAGACGCCGCAGUCCUUCAGCCUGCGCCUCGCGAACGCCGAGGCGGCGGAGGCUACGGUGCGCGCUGGAGAAGAAGUUGUGCGAGGGCGCGGCGCGGAGUGCAGCGAAGCGGCGAGAGAGCCUGUGGACGCGAGCUCUCCUCGUGUGUCCCCCCCCGCCUUUCGCGGGUCGGCUGUCGCCGUGAUGGAGCUCGAGGCGCAGGAGUUUGUUCAGGCGGUGAGGGAGUGCGCGCGGAUGAAGGGGGACUUGCUCGCUCUUCAGCAGGAGCAGACGCGCCGCCUGAGAGGCCGCGAGGAGGAGGCUGAGGCAGCGGCUGAGAGCGCGGAAAAGGAUCCCCUCGUCCCUGAGAACUUCCUUCUCGCGCACUGGCCCCCGUCGCUCAUCGGCAUCGACAUUCUCUGUCCCGCGCUGCUGCUCGCCGCGCACCUGCCGCCGGCGGACAACUCAGGCGCAGCCGCGGCGGCGCCAGCCGCGGCGGCGCUGCUGCCCAUGUCGGCCUGUCUGGCUGCACUGCUGGACGUCUUCGCCUUCAUCCUCGAGGCCUGGGCCGUCACGCUGUUUGACUGCCGGACGCUGGAGCAAGUCGAGCGCAGCGGCUUCGUGCGCCUCUCGCACGCGCUUCUCGUCGACGGUGAAGUCCUCAAAAAGCACUCGCGGCGCCGCACGUCCGCCCUUUCCGCCGCGCCGGCUGCUCCAGCGGCUGUCGGCGUCGAGGCGGAGUCGCAGGAAGACACGACAGGGCAGCGAGACGAGAGGGCUGCCCUGGGGCCUGCGGCGACGGCGAGCGCGAAGGCGGAGCCGCCGGCCGCCGCGCGGGCGUCGUUCCUCGACGCGACUGGGCUCAAGACGCUGCUCUCUCGAGGGCCUCAUACGGCUGCAUCUUCGGAGACGCGCGCCGACGACGAGGUGAAGCGCGAGCCGGCGGCCGAGGACGCCAAAGGCCACGCAGAGAACGACGAAGAACUCAGGCACCUGCUCAACAAGUGCGAGGCUGCUCGCGGCAAGCCCGUGGCGGUCGUCGGCGGCGAAGACGCGGAGGGCGGGGAGCAAGGCGGACGCGGCCAGGAGACAGCGGAGCCGCCAGACAGCGCCGCGACGCUCGCGGAGCUCCUCAUCCAGCACCAGUUCUCGAGGGUCUCUUACCUCGUCGGAGGCUGGAGCGCUCUCGAGGCGGCGCUUGAACGCGCGGAUCUCGCGCCACAGCUCCUCUGUCAGUCCGGCCUGCUGGACGCCCGCCCUCAGGCGUCGGUUCGCCUCGCGGAGGUUUCGAGUGCUGCGGCUCAGACUGCAGCCGAAGCGGCUGCGGCGCUGCAGGAGUGGAGUUCGAAGGCGAAGGAAAAGGCGCGCGGCUGGAUGAGGGCGUCGGCCUCGAAAACGCAGGCGCUGCCGCUCAAAUGGCAAUCGUUUCGCGCGGGACGCCCGGCGAGUGAGGCACCGUCGGAGAAGGUCGACUCCGCGUUGGGGACCGAGGAGACAGUUCCGACCGCGGUCGGUUCAGCUCCAGAGCCCGAGCCGGAGGGCGAGGACACGCCCGCGGAGGCGAAAGAGACAUCUGCGCCGGAGGCGACUUCGCAGCGCGCGCCUCUAGCGGACGUGAAGGAUCAGGCGGCGCACGUCCGCAGCGCCGCAGCGACGCUCUUUUCGCAGCUGUGGACGCGGCCUGCGGCGUCGGCGGACGCGUCAACGCCUCCGCCUUCCUCCGCUUCGUUCCUCUCGCUCCUCCGCGGCGAAGGCGCGUGCCCCGGAGCCGAAGAGCCUCUCGCGGGCGCCACGGAGGCGUCGGAGGCAAAGGAUGCGAGGGAGACGACAAAUACGCCUGAGUCCGACCGCGUCGAAGGCGAGCAUGAGGACGCAGCGCCAGGGGGAGGCGAGAAGGUCGUGAAGAGUGAGCCUCCCUCGUCGGCGUCUCUCGAGACGCCUUCGCCCUGCUCGCCGUCCUGCGCCUCGAACUCGCCGUCGCCGGUCUCCUCGGAGAAGGAGGACUCGGAGCAGCCUUCUUCGCCAGCGUCGCCUGCGUCCGCCACGGCCUCGCCGCCAGCGUGUCCGCGCGCGGUCAGGAGGGGGGCGGGCGGGGCGGGCGAGCCUUCGCGGCGCGAGAAGGUUUUCUCCUCGCUGCUUUCCUCGACGCUGGGCGGCGCGGACUACGUGAAGCGGAGCUCCGCGCGCUGGUCGACGAGUCUGAAGAACAUGGACCUCUCGCGGGCCUUCCGCGCCGCCGCGCCGCGGGACCGGUCAGAGGGGGGCGACGAGGCACGCGAGGCGCCGCAAACUGCGGAGGCGAAGCAAGAGGAACUCACGCCGCGGAACGCCGAGGAGCCGCUCAGCCGAAACGUCAGCCGCGAGCGCGACCAGAAACUCGAAGACGAACGCGCCGCUGUCCUCGGCUUCAGAAACUCCUCCGGCAGCGCCGUCGAAGUCUUGGGAGGCGUCAGCAACGCCUUCACACACGUCGGAGCCCUCGGCGAAGCAGGCUUGCUCGCCAGCGAUGAGGAGCAGAUUGGCGACGGGGUGUUUGAAAUUGGAGGUGAUGAGGAGACUGAACAGCGAGGGACGAGCGACGGCUUCGGGGCUGUGGAGCGAGUAGGCAGCGGCGGAGGCAGAGACAUCAUGCAGAUGAUGAAAAAAUACGAAUUGUAUAUUCAGGAAAUACAGCAGCUCGAGAAAGGGGCGAUCAUCGACCUGGUAGAAAUGCAGAAGCAAAUAGGCGAUCUGCAGAUUUUCGAAGCGCUGAAAGUCCGGUCGGUCAAGCCGCGCUGGAGCUUCACACUCGCGGAGGGCGUCGUCGCGAAGACGGCGGAGAAAAAGUCUCUGCGUUGGCUCCUGUUGACGCUUCAUCAGCUGAUCGUUUUGGAGCCGCACUGCGCAGAGAAGAGGGAGGAGACUGAAGGCCCUCGCGACGCGUCGUCUCACGCUGAGAGUGAGGGCGGGAAGACAGAAAAAACGGAGCCGCUGGAGGACGCCUCGGGCUCCUCCGGCGUCGCUCGCUGGCAAGGCCAGUGGCGCACAGCGGUUCGCUCCUUCCGCGAAAAAGCGAAGGACGCGCUGCAGCACACCAGCACCGGCAUCGAGCAGCUCGGGCGCAAAGGCACGGAGAGCGCCGCGGGCUGCUCCACAUUCGAGACGAUCACGGGCAUCAUCAACCUUCCGCAAGUCUCCGCAUCUUCGAGAAGAGGCGAAGGCUCGCGCGCGAUUCGCAGUUGGGGAUGCGUCAAGAGCAACCACAGGUUGAGCGAUCUGCGGAAGGCCGUCCACUUUCCCGACGACUCGCAGCGCCUCUCGCUCGUUCUCUGCAGCGGAAAAACCAACACUUACGAUCUACUCGCGCGCGCAGCCUUCCUCGAGGCGAUCCAGAAUCGCCCUUCGCUCGACAUCGGUGUGUCUCUCUUCUUUGUUCGCCGUAGAACUUGA